AUCAAACAACCAAAAAUGUCCAACGAAAAAGAGCGUGAAAACCAUGUUUAUUUGGCCAAACUCGCCGAACAAGCUGAGCGUUACGACGAAAUGGUUGAAAGUAUGAAGAGUGUUGCAAAACUUAAUGUGGAACUUACUGUGGAAGAGCGAAACCUGCUGUCAGUUGGAUACAAGAAUGUGAUAGGGGCACGUAGGGCCUCAUGGCGUAUUAUGUCAUCAAUUGAACAAAAGGAGGAAUCAAAAGGAAAUGAAAGCUAUGUCAAUCUGAUCAAGGGCUAUCGCAAAAAAGUCGAAGAUGAGCUUGCCAAGAUUUGCAAUGAUAUUCUUGAUAUCAUUGAUAAGCAUCUUGUACCCUCUUCGGGAUCAGGAGAAGCUACUGUUUUUUACUACAAAAUGAAAGGUGACUAUUUCCGAUAUCUUGCUGAGUUCAAAACAGACGAAGAAAGAAAGGAAGCUGCAGAUCAAUCAUUGAAGGGCUAUGAGGCUGCUUCUGCUUCUGCAAAUACAGAACUCCCUUCAACCCAUCCAAUCCGUCUCGGACUAGCUCUCAAUUUCUCAGUUUUCUACUAUGAGAUUAUGAACUCUCCUGAGAAGGCUUGCCAUUUGGCUAAACAAGCUUUUGAUGAGGCGAUUGCUGAGUUGGACACCUUAAGUGAGGAAUCAUACAAAGACAGCACCUUGAUCAUGCAGCUGUUGAGAGAUAACCUCACUCUCUGGACCUCUGAUUUGCCCGAGGAAGGAGGAGAGGAAAACCCCAAGACCGAAGAGACGAAACCUCUUUUAGCAGAUCAGCAGAAGCAGUGAUGAUUAAAGGAAGAUUUG